GGACCCGGAGCGGGAAGAUGGCGGCGGCGCAGGAGGCGGACGGGGCCGGCAGCGCCGUAGUGGCGGCCGGGGGAGGCGGCUCCGGUCAGGUGACCAGCAAUGGCAGCAUUGGGAGGGACCCGCCGGCGGACACCCAACCCCAGAACCCAGCACCCCAGCCAGCACCCAAUGCCUGGCAGGUCAUCAAAGGCGUGCUGUUCAGGAUCUUCGUCAUCUGGGCCAUCAGCAGCUGGUUCCGCCGAGGGCCGGCCCCUCAGGACCAGACGGGCCCCGGGGGAGCCCCACGUGUCGCCAGCCGCAACCUGUUCCCCAAAGACACUUUAAUGAACUUGCACGUGUACAUCUCGGAGCACGAGCACUUUACAGACUUCAACGCCACAUCAGCCCUGUUCUGGGAGCAGCAUGACCUCGUGUACGGAGACUGGACUAGUGGCGAGAACGCCGACGGCUGCUACGAGCACUUCGCCGAGCUUGACAUCCCGCAGAGCGUGCAGCAGAAUGGCUCCAUCUACAUCCACGUCUACUUCACCAAGAGUGGCUUCCACCCCGACCCCCGGCAGAAGGCCCUGUACCGCCGGCUCGCCACGGUCCACAUGUCCCGGAUGAUCAACAAAUACAAGCGCAGGCGAUUUCAGAAAACCAAAAACCUGCUGACGGGAGAGACGGAAGCCGACCCAGAAAUGAUCAAGAGGGCCGAGGACUAUGGGCCCGUGGAGGUGAUUUCCCACUGGCACCCUAACAUCACCAUCAACAUCGUGGACGACCACACGCCGUGGGUGAAGGGCAGCGUGCCGCCCCCACUAGACCAGUACGUGAAGUUCGACGCGGUCAGCGGGGACUACUACCCCAUCAUCUACUUCAACGACUACUGGAACCUGCAGAAGGACUACUACCCCAUCAACGAGAGCCUGGCCAGCCUGCCGCUGCGCGUUUCCUUCUGCCCGCUGUCGCUCUGGCGCUGGCAGCUCUACGCGGCCCAGAGCACCAAGUCACCCUGGAACUUCCUGGGCGACGAGCUGUACGAGCAGUCAGACGAGGAGCAGGACUCGGUGAAGGUUGCCCUCCUGGAGACCAACCCCUACCUGCUGGCGCUCACCAUCAUUGUGUCCAUCGUCCACAGUGUCUUUGAGUUCCUGGCCUUUAAGAACGAUAUCCAGUUCUGGAACAGCCGGCAGUCCCUGGAGGGCCUCUCUGUGCGCUCCGUGUUCUUUGGCGUUUUCCAGUCCUUCGUGGUCCUCCUCUACAUCCUGGACAACGAGACCAACUUUGUGGUCCAGGUCAGCGUCUUCAUCGGGGUUCUCAUCGACCUGUGGAAGAUCACCAAGGUCAUGGACGUCCGGCUGGACCGGGAGCACAGGGUGGCAGGGAUCUUCCCCUGCCCGACCUUCAAAGACAAGUCCACAUACAUCGAGUCGUCUACCAAGGUGUACGACGACAUGGCCUUCCGGUACCUGUCAUGGAUCCUCUUCCCGCUUUUGGGCUGCUACGCCGUCUACAGCCUCCUGUACCUGGAGCACAAGGGCUGGUACUCCUGGGUGCUGAGCAUGCUCUACGGCUUCCUGCUGACCUUUGGCUUCAUCACCAUGACACCCCAGCUCUUCAUCAACUACAAGCUCAAGUCCGUGGCCCACCUGCCAUGGCGCAUGCUCACCUACAAGGCCCUGAACACCUUCAUAGAUGACCUGUUCGCCUUUGUCAUCAAGAUGCCCGUCAUGUACCGGAUCGGCUGCCUACGGGACGACGUGGUCUUCUUCAUCUACCUCUACCAACGGUGGAUCUACCGCGUCGACCCCACCCGUGUGAAUGAGUUUGGCAUGAGUGGCGAGGACCCCGCAGCCGCUGCCCCCGUGGCCCAGGCCCCCACGGCAGCAGGGGCCCUUGCACCAUCAGCCCCCACAGCCACCGCUGCCAGGGAGGAGGCCCCUGCGUCCCUGCCCACCCAGCCCAGUCUGGGGGCCAGCCCCGCCACUGAGUCCCAGGACGCCCCUCCAAAGCCAGCAGAGGACAAGAAAAAGGAUUAGCCCUACUGGUCCUCCUCGUCCACUCCGGUUCCUGGCGACCACCACCCCUGCCAACCUGGCCCCUGCCGCCCCUUCCUGUCGCCCUCUCCCUGGACAGAUCGGGCAGGCGGCAGGAGGCCCCCUUGGGCCAGGGCCCAGCGUGUGACACGGGGCCGGGGCGGGCUGGGCUCGUUGUUGUGGAGGCGCCGUCUGUCUGUCUGUCCUGUUUCCAGCCAUCUUGCCCUGCCAGCCCAGCCCUGCUGGGAAUCAUGGUGAAGCCUAUGCGGCGCUGCCGAGGGGGGCCAGGUGGGGAGGGGCCGGGGCCCCUCUGUGGGACGCCCGCAGUCAUCCAUUGUCUUGUCCCUCGUCCGACCACCCCCUCCUCCCAGACCGCCACCCUUAACACAGUCUGGAUUUAAUAAAUUCAUGUGGGUGUUUAACUUAA